CAUAAUUGUCGAUUCUGACGAUAGUCUUGAUUCAAAUCUUGAUAUUAAUGAUGUACCUCAAGAAGCAUUUUCACUUAACAACAAUUUAGUACCAUCAAUUGAAGUUGGAAAAACUUUUACUAGUUGGUGUGAUGUUGAACAAUACAUUAAAGCUUAUGCUAUAUCACAAGGUUUUGCAACAAGAUUGGACCAUUCAGAGAAAAGCCUGGGUAUCAUUAUUAAAGCAGACAUUGUUUGUCAUCAUGCUGUAGUUCAUUGGAUUAAUAAUAAAUAUCAUGUAAGAUCUGCUAAUCUUGAACAUAACCAUCCUAUGGAUACUGCAGUAACUUUGUUUGAUCCUGGAUAUUGCAAAUUAAAUUAUAAUGAAAAGAAUCAAAUAUAUUCACAACAAGGAUGUUUACAAUUCUUUAAAUCCCGUUCUUGUGACCGUAUUAAGAGCUUGUCACAAAUAUUUGAACUUUUAACCCAUUUACAUAACAAUAGUGAAUAUAAAAUCACUUAUUCAGUUAAUGAUAAUAUGCUUCACUGCUUAUUUUUUGCUACUCAAUCUGCACUUACAACAUUUAAAUAUUAUCCAGAGAUCAUAUUGAUAGAUGCUACUUAUAAAACUAAUCGUUUCAGAAUGCCACUUUUACUUAUUAGUAGGCUGGAUACUUCAUCAACUAAAAAAGUAGUAGGCAAUAAUGUUAUUAAUAAGAUACAAACAAUUUUAACUAAUAGAGAUCUUGCUAUGCUUCCUGCAAUUAGAACUGAACUUUCACAUAUUAAGUACCAGCUUUGUACCUGGCACAUAGAACAAAACAUUGUUAAGAAUUUAACUAGCAAGCUUAGUAAUAAAUUUUUAGCAUUCAGUAAGGAUUUUAAAUUAGUUAUAACAGAAACUGUUGAAGAUCAAUUUACUAUUCGCUGGGAUCGUCGGUUAAAAGAAUAUUCUGAAGUUAAUAGUAACAUGGAACAAUGGAAGUCUAUUUCUCAUAUAAUGACACAACACUCAGAAGCUAGUAACGCUCAUUUAAAACGUCUGCUUGGUCAUACGGUGCUCUUACUUGAAUUAAUUAAUAUCACCCGUCAACAAUGCCCAGAAUUAUUAAAAAAUGUUUCAAUAGUUAUAUCAGAUUUUGUAUAUUUCUUGUUACUUGCUCAAUAUAAUAGUGCUACGCUUUAUAGUGUUGAGGAACAGGGCAUUGGUUUAUUUAAAGUUUUUAAUGAAAAUCGUGAUCAUAUAGUAUAUCGUACUGAGAUAGAAUUAGUAUGCCAUUGUGAUUAUGGCUUACAAUUUUCUUUACCCUGCCGUCAUAUUAUUGCUGUUCAUCUUACUUGUAAAGAAUCUCUAGGAGUUAAUUAUAUUGGCACUCGUUGGAUUAUCUCAGCAACAGACACAAAUAAUGUAAUACAACCUAAAGAGCCAUAUGAUAUUAAUAAUAAUGAAAACUCUUCAACUACUGUAUUGUCUUCUUCAAACUACGAUGCUUGUAAAAUUCAAAUUAGCAAACAAUCAAUAUUUAAUAGUACAGCUAAUUUAAUUAAAGAAAUUGAAGCGAUUGCUAAUAGGGUUGGUCAUGUUGAAAUUAACAAUUGUCUCUCUCUUUUUGUUGAGAAGUUGAAUAACCAAUAUCCUUUACAACAAGCCGAUAUUGGUGAUCCUACAAAUAUUAAGACAAAAGAAAGACCAAGUAAUACAAAAUGUAAAAAAACUG